CCACGCACACACAUUUGUCAGCGUCUUGGCGGAGGGCAGAGCGCAGCCUCCUCUCAUCCCUGUGCGUAAAAAACACAAAGACGCAGGGAGGCGUGCGUCUGGUCGCAGCUCUGUGCCACACUCCGCUAGCUCUCAGAGGAGUUGGAUCUGGUUUGAUCUGCCAAGAGACGGGAAACAUCCACACCGCCUGCUUCGUCUUACCUUGACGUGCGUAACCGUUCUGCGCUUCAGACCGCACCGCUGGAGAGUUUAGACUUUCACCGCAGCGCAGCACUGAGAAAGUGAUCAGACCCCAGUUGGUGAGUGAAGAUGAUUCCCGUGCUGAUCUGUGUUUUGAUUUCUCUGAGUGCAGCAGACAACGACUUAGACACUCUGUACCCUGAACUGGAGCACUCCAGAACCAUCUAUGUCACAGAAAAUGGCCCUCAACUUUCGGUGAUGGCAGAACAGUCAAAGGUGGUGUCAAGGCGAGGAGGGAACGCUACCUUACCUUGCAAGAUCCAAAGAGACCAAUCACUGGCACCCAAUCGCAAGAUGAGGAUCAAAUGGACCAAGCUGACCUCAGACUACCUGAAAGAGGUGGAUGUUUUUGUUGUCAUGGAUUAUCACAAGAGAAGUUAUGGCAGUUUCCAUGGACGGGUCCACCUACAAGGCUCUUCUCCCAUGGAUGCCUCUCUGGUCAUCACAGAAAUCACCCUGGAGGAUUACGGGAGAUAUAAAUGUGAAGUAAUUGAUGGGCUGGAAGAUGGAACAGUGGUGGUGUCUCUUGACCUUGAAGGGGUUAUCUUCCCAUAUUAUCCCCGCCUGGGUCGCUACAACCUCAAUUUCUACGAUGCUGUGCGGGCAUGUCAUGACCAGGAUGCCAUCGUGGCCUCCUUCGAUCAGCUGUAUGAUGCAUGGAGAGGAGGGAUGGACUGGUGCAAUGCAGGCUGGCUGAAUGAUGGCACGGUCCAAUAUCCCAUCACCAACCCCAGGGAACCAUGCGGCGGCAAGAACACAGUACCAGGCAUUCGCAACUAUGGCCUGAGAGACAAGGACAAGAACCACUACGAUGUCUUCUGCUUCACCUCCCAUUACAAAGGCCGGUUCUACUACCUGAUCCAUCCCUCUAAGCUGACCUAUGACGAGGCCGUCAGGGCGUGUCAAAAAGAUGGUGCUGAGAUUGCCAAAGUCGGCCAGAUGUACGCCGCCUGGAAGCUGCUGGGUUAUGACCGCUGUGAUGCUGGCUGGCUGGCCGAUGGCAGUGUCCGUUAUCCCAUCUCCAGCCCCCGCCGGCGCUGCAGUCCCACAGAAGCUGCCGUCAGGUUCAGCGGCUUCCCCGACAAAAAGCACAAGCUGUACGGAGUGUACUGCUUCAAGGGCAACAACUAAAACACAAAACAGACAUACAAACAACCUGCGCACACGGACAGCACACAUUAGCAUGCACACACACACACACACACACACACACACACUAGUGAGAGAAAAAGAGACAACAAAUGCAUUCAAACUGUGAUAAUUUUUUCAUGGAAACCUUAUGACAUUACUGUCAUGUCAUGUUGCUUUGUAAUCUUGGACCCGAUACUCUAUGAGGGUUGGAUUACACAUAUUAUUUAAUCAAUAGAGUGCUUCAGGGAUGAUGUGUUUUUAUAAGCCAAUGCAGAUGUUAACAUCACACUGGUUCCCUCAAGAAAAUAAAAUAAAUAAACAAUUGGAUUUUACCAUUCAUUUUAUGAUUAUUGUAAUGAGCUCUUUUAAAAACAAAAGUUCAUGAUACAUGUUUUGUUCCCCAAAGAACAUUUUUGAAGUCUAAAUACAAUCCCCAGAAGUAAAAGGCUAAUGUUAGGGUAUAAAGCAACUACAUCAUGUACACACAACUUUAACACCACCGAGCUUCCAACUUGUAAGACACGUAACUCUUAGAAAAAUCAUGAGUGGGUGUGUACUGAUGUAAUUUAUUCAUGAAAUUAAAAAAACAAACACAGACAGACUUCAGGGCCAAGGUACCGGUAGUGCAAAAAUACUAACUUAUUUCUGGAAUAUAGGACUCAUUCCUGCAGCACUCUAUGCAUUUGAGAGGGGUGGGUUGAUAGGGUGGGCUACAGCCAUACUGUCUUUCAAGAAUGGACUAGGCAUGUGAAGUAAGAAGGAACCACGCAUAUAAACUGAGAACAAUUUAACAGCAAAAUGUCUCAUGGUUGGAAUGAUACUUUGGGCACUUAUCUUGUUUUAUUCAAGACCAGGAACAACUGCAAGCCAUGAAAUGCAGCUGAAAUGAGGCGUCAACAGAGGUCGCUAAGAUCCUCUCAAACUUGUCAGAUAGGACCACAAGCCUAGCACAACCAAACUGAUCGUUGCUGUCCAUUCUUAACAAGGUGCUACGACUGGUACUUUGUACUUCAUCAUAUCGUCCAGUAUUUUAGGUUUUUAUACAAAUGUGUUGGACCAAACAUCAGUCUCAUCACUAAAAUUAUUAGAAAAAGCAACAUCCAAAUGUUAGCAUUGCUUGUUUUCUAAGUAUGUAGAAUGUGAUUAUCUGAAGAUGUAUUUCUGUUAAUGAAUAUUUUUUGAUAUACUGUCGAAUUAUUUACAUAAUUUUUUUUUGUCUUUCUUGCCAAACUAUCCAAGUCGCUUUGGUUUACAUAAACAAAAGUGGUAAAAGUACAAAAAUCCACAGUCCUAAAAGAAGACGUUGAUUUUGCACUGAACAUAAAGAAGAUAUCUAGAAAAGAGGAUGAGGCAAACAAUAGUUCAUCUUAUCUGGCAAUAGAAGAUUCCUUGCAAUAUUAGGAAACGUAUCGUGUUGCAGAAUAGUUACAAUGAAGUAGACCUUUGUGGCUGUAUCUCUGUUUGGCUUCAACUUCACAGCAUGACAUAGCUUCAACAAGCACACAGCAAAGUAGCUCUCAGUGUAAAUCUACACACUAUCUAUCUAGCGCCUUGAUAAACUGCUAUUUUUGAUACAAAGACUGUAGUUUCUUAUAGUGAAUGAGCAGAGCCAAAGCUUUAGACCCAUUUGUGACCCCAACGCUCCAAACCUUACACGUGCAAAUCUGAGAGGGACAAUAGAAAAACAUUAUAAUUUUACCUGUUAUGCCGUAGUGGGAUGUCUUUUAAAGGGUAUUUUUGUGUCAGCACAGAUUGGAUUAAAGUGUUAAUAUUGCUCAGAACACACAUUUGAUCUUUAUCAACUUUGUCAACAAAAAGUUGUGAUGAUUUUUUUUCAUCGUGAAAAUUAUGAGUGAGCAAAUGAACAAUAAAAACAAUAUGAUUUUCAUCAAAUGUUAAUAACUCAACAAUAAUCUGAUAUGUGGAUGAAUGGACAUUAGUUAUUUUUGAACAUUACAGGUGGAAUGACGCUUUGUAGCUCCUGACAGCUCAGCUGCCCAAAACGUCUUCAGAUGAUGAUGUAGUGGAGAGCAAAGGGAAAACAAAUUCAUGGGCUAGGUGCACAAACUGAAAGAUUUAAAGGGAGCAGCAGCAAAACAUCUGGGAUAAACCAUAAAAAUAGACAGGACAGCACAUUAACAUUUAUAAGAAGAUAAGCUACGUAACAAUAUCAGGGGCUGUGGAUGUAACAUUACUUUCAGAUGGUUGUCUUUGGUGCUUAUUGGCUUCCCGAAGGAAUGAGUGGUUUCAAAUCUGGAAAUCUGUUUUAACCGCUUCUCUCAAGCUAAACCCAGACAUUGGACAGUAUGUUGUAAAGUGAGUUAAAGACAGCCAAAGCCUCAAAAUGGUUAAAACCUAAAAGUUAAGAAUGAACAAAAAACUGUCAAACAAAACUAGACUAAAAUGCCCUACUUGUUUGUUAAUACAAUGAAUAAAAAUUGCAAAAAAUUGCAAAAAAAUAAAUCAGGUGCCAUUAUUAACACUGCUCUUUCUGGGCAGACAGUAGACACUGUUGAAGAUUUAACCCACUUCUGGAUGACAGGUAAAAUAAACAACAUGUUGACUUUUACAGAACAAACACAGAGUAAUGUACAGAGCGCUGAGGUCACUGAUGGGACUAAGCCAGGUUCUGAGUGAGCAUGCUUUUCCUGGCAGCAACUGGCAACCUGAUUGCUAUCUCAGCUCUGAACUGGUCGACCUGUCUCUGGCUCACCGUUCAGACAAAGCAGCCAACCUGCAGCGGCCUGCUGAAGGAGACAGAAAUACAAUACAUUCAAAAUACCAAUAAUUCCUGCAUGGAGGUGCUGAGGGCUUCUUCCAUCGGGGGGUAUCAUUAACGGUGCACAUUGAUCAUUUUUAGCACACCCAGUUCGAGCUUGCACAGACGCUGGUUGAGGUCAUCCACCUGAGCCUGGUGAAGGGUGUGCAGAGAGUUUCCACGCUGAGAAAACAGUGACAGCUGGAAAACAAACCAUAAAACUAUGACUGGUUGUUUUUACAUUUCAGUUUGAGUACGAAUUAAACACAAGAUGUAACAUGUGAAUGUUAAUGUUAAUACAUCAAAUAAUUUUACAGGUGCAGAUUGUGACUCAUAUCUGUCUGUUGAUGAUAACUGCAGCCUGCACCCGGUUAGCUUAGCAUCGCAUAAAGACUAGAAAUAGAUGGAAACAGCAAGUGUCCUGCUUCUAAAGCUGACUUAUUGACUGAACUUAAACAAAAUGUAGGUUGUUUAUUAGAAAGCUUGAGAGAUGCUAUCUGUUUCCCCAUAGUUCAAGUCUUUAUACAGAACUAAGCAGAUCACGCUUCAUAUUUAGAGUGCAGACAUGAGAGUGGCAUCAAUCCUCUCGUGUAGCGCUCAGCAAAAAAAGUGAAUACGCAUAUUUCACAAAAUGUCUUUGAAGGUUUAAAGAAACAGCAAAUCUAUUGCCUUUUAUUUUUCGUGUAUUGUGUGACUAACUUUUCUCAUCAGGAGCUAAGUUCAUAACUGCACCAUACAAGGGACCCAAAGACAAAGGACAAUAAACGAAUACAUAAA